AUGCCAGUAAAUGCGAUCGCAUCCAAUCGCGUUGUCAUCGACGGCCAAAUCAUGGCAGCGACUAUCGUGUUCUCAUCGGAAUCUGGCAAGAUCAUCACUGUAUACGAAAAUGAGGUCAUUUCGAACGUGGAAGAUUCACGGCUGCAGCUGCUGCUCGUACAAAACUACGAGAUCGUGUCACCGCACGUGAUCAUGGCCGGUAUCGUCGACUCUCACGUGCAUCUGAACGAACCCGGUCGAACCGAGUGGGAGGGCUUCGCUACCGGCACAAGGGCUGCCGUCGGUGGUGGUGUCACCACCGUGGUCGAUAUGCCCUUGAACGCCAUUCCGCCCACGACGACGGUGGAAAAUCUCAACAUCAAAUUGGCCGCAGCGGAGGGCCAGAUGUGGUGCGACGUUGCAUUCUGGGGUGGCAUGGUGCCCUCCAAUCUCGAUGAACUGGUGCCUCUAGUGCAAAGCGGCGUGCGUGGCUUCAAAGGCUUCAUGAUGGAUUCUGGAGUUGACGAGUUUCCUGCAAUUGAGAAAAACUACAUCAACAGAGCUCUGAAAAAGCUGGAAGGUGAGAAAACCAUACUUCUCUUCCACGCCGAGCAGACCCCAUCAGACGAAAACCAUGGGCUGGUAGAUCAUUCCACGGACGACGUUUUUUUGGAUCAUGUGAAAACCGCUAACGGCGGUCAGAAUCUGUCACACGCCCAAGUGCAUGCCCUUGCAGACUCCAAAAUCUUGGCAUCUGUGGAACCCACAGUUGGCAUACCGUCGCAAGAAGUCUACGAAAGUCAUUCUUCAAAAAAUCCAUUGGACUCUGUGGCCAGAAAAGACCACCUUUUGGACAAGAUCGACCCCACUGCGUACGCUCCAUUUUUAGCAUCUAGACCCGACGUCUUCGAGACUACCGCUAUUGGCACAAUCAUUGCUUGUUUGACUAAAUUUUCCAAAACCUCCAAAAACAUCCCCAGCGUGCAUGUUGUUCAUUUAGCAACUCAAGAAGCCGUCCCCAUGCUGCGUCAUGCCCAAAAGGUCCUGAAACUUCCCAUUUCCUCAGAGACAUGUUUCCACUAUUUGAAAUUUGCGGCGGAAUCGAUCCCAGCCAAAGCCACUCAUUACAAAUGUUGUCCACCCAUUCGGUCUGAGGACAACCGGAAAGCACUGUGGAAAGCCCUGCGCGAAGGCGUGAUAACGACAGUAGUAAGUGAUCAUUCGCCUUGCACUCCCGAGCUUAAGAACCUGGCCAGAGGCGAUUUCUUUGCUGCAUGGGGCGGUAUAUCGUCUGUGGGCCUUGGCCUGUCGAUCAUGAUAACAGAGGGGGCCAAAUUGUCUCCGCCAGUAACUCUUGUCGAGAUUUCAAAAUGGUGCUGCGAAAACACUGCUAAGCAAGUAGGAUUGCAACAUUGCAAGGGCUUUCUGCGUCCAGGUUACGAUGCUGAUUUUCUGGUAGUAGAUCAGUACCGCAAGCGGAUUGUAUCCAACGACACCGUCUUUUUCAAGAACAAAUUGACGGCUUACGAUGGACAGGAGCUCAGAGGCCAGGUACUGACGACAUACGUCAGAGGCAAGAUCGCUUAUGAACAUGAAGAUGGCCAUAGCAAUGUGCCAUUUGGGGUGACACUCUUAGAGCCGCGGACUGUUUGA